AUGAGGUGGGCGGAGCAGCUGCUGAACCCGUGCGCGGUGGCCGUCGAGGCCGGCAACCUGUCGCGCGUGCAGCACCUCUUCUACGUGCUCGGCGAGCUCGAGUCCUUCUCCGGCGACGCCAACCACCGUCUGGCCGCGCACGGGCUGCGCGCUCUCGCCCGCAGGCUCCCCGCCAUCGUGGGCGCCGCGGCCGCCGCGGCCGUGCGGGUGCCGGCCUGCGAGUGCGCGGCGCCGACUUUCGCGGGAGCGGAGCCGCGGCUGUUCCGCGCGUCCCUCAUCAGGUUCCACGAGGUGAGCCCGUGGUUCGCGCUCCCCAACGCGCUGGCCAACGCCGCCAUCGCGCAGGCCUCCUCGACGUGCGGCGUCGCCGCGGCGGCGCCCCGGCCGCUCCAUGUCGUCGACCUCGGCGUCUCGCACGGCGUGCAGUGGCCGACGCUCCUGGAGUCGCUCACCCGCCAGCCGGGCGGCCGCGCGCCGCCGUCCGUUCGCCUCACCGUCGCGGGCCCCGAGGCCACAUCUCCGGCGCCCUUCUCGGCGUCGCCUCCCGGGUACGACUUCUCGCCGCACCUCCUCCGGUACGCCAAGUCAAUCAACCUGGAGCUCGACAUCGGCCGCGCCGCCACCCUAGACGCCGUGCAGGGCUUCUGCACUCCCGGCGAGGCGCUCGUCGUGUGCCUCCAGUUCCGGCUCGGGCACACCGCCACCGAGGAGAGAAGAGACAUCCUCCGCAAGGUCAUAGAACUCAAGCCGGAGCUGGUUGUUCUCUCGGAGCUGGACUCCGGCGGCGACGGCAGCGCGUCGGGCGAGUUCGCGGCGAGGCUGGAGCUGCUGUGGCGGUUCCUGGAGUCGACGUCCGCGGCAUUCAAGGGGAAGGACGUGGACGAGAGGCGGCUUCUGGAGAACGAGGCCGGCACGAGCCUCGCGACGGACGUCGCCGGCGAGGGGAGGGAGGGGUGGAGGGAGCGCAUGGCGGCGGCGGGGUUCGAGGAGGCGUCGUUCGGCGCCGAGGCGGUGGAGUCCGCCAAGUCGCUGCUGCGUAAGUACGACGGCGGGUGGGACAUGGCCACAGUGGUGUCCGCCGCCGGCGCCGGCGCGGUGGCGCUGCGGUGGAAGGGGCAGCCGGUGUCGUUCUGCUCGCUGUGGCGGCCGACGCCGUAG